AUGGGAAAGGUUAGAGUUAAAAUUGAAGAUGAAAACCGCAGGAAAGUGAUUCAGAAAUCAAAAAGUUACAAAAUCAAAAUUCGCGAGCCGUUGGAAAAGAAAAAGAAGCUCCUUGUUUUGGACAUUGACAGGACUUUGCUCUUCGAUUCUUCGCCCUCUGCCCCGAUCAAACUCAGACCCGAAAUGCACAAGUUCUUGGAAAAGGCCAGCCUAGACUACAACAUCGGUCUCUGGUCAGACUCAAAAAUGAGAAGGAUCACCAGCCUGAUCAAAAGGCUCCGCAUGGACCACCAGAAAAGCUAUAAGAUCAAUUUUGUGGUUUGCGAGAGGGCGGUUGUCAACAUAGACAACGGUGGCGAACAAAUGCGGGUGAAGCCCUUGGACAUUGUGUGGAGCCAACUUCGCCAGUGGAGUCCGAAAAACACUAUCAUGGUGGACGAUCUUCCUAAAAACUUUCUCAUGAAUCCACAAACUGGACUGAGAAUAAAGAGGUUUGAUGGCAAGAGGAGCGACCGAGAGCUAUCAAAACUAUCCAGAUACCUCAAAAAAAUUGCAUCCCAAAAAGACUUCACAGUAUUGAACCACAGCAACUGGGAAAACUGA